GCCUCAGUGCAGCGGAGUCCUGACUGUAAGUUUAUUGUCUGCUUUCUGACUUGUUGUGGCGUAUCUUCGGUUGAAUCAUUAACAAUAAGCUCCACCCAGUUUGGUUCCUUCCCUCUCCAGAGAUCAACGCCUGUGAACAACAGACUUACUGAAGGCCUCGAGAUGAGUGAACGUGGAGCCGAAGGAUCAGGAUCAGGAUCAGGAUCAGGAUCAGGAUCAGCCUCUUCUGCAGCUAGUUUUGUUUAUGUGAAGAGUGACCGCUCCAGAGAAUAUCGUCCAGAUUUAAGCACUGAAUCCAGACCUUCACAAACAGGAUUGAUGGAAGUCAAGAAGAGUAUAUCAGAGGAAGAACCAGCAUCUUCUGCAGUCAGUUCUGUUUCUAUGAAGAGUGACCGCUCCAGAGAAUAUCCUCCAAUGUUCAGCACUGAACCCAGACCUUCAGAAACAGGAUGGACUGAAGUCAAGAGGAAGGGUAAAGCUAAGGGAGGAUCAGCGUCUUCUACAGCCAGUUCUGUUUCUAUGAAGAGUGACAGCUCCAGAGAAUAUCCUCCAAUGUUCAGCACUGAACCCAGACCUUCAGAAACAGGGGAGACAUCUACAUCAAGCAAUUAUCAGAACCAAGACACCCUGAAGGGGUUUGAGUCUAAAUCCAUGGCAUUUUUAAGAAAAGCUCUGAGAACCCAUAAGAAGGUCCUUUCUGGAAAACAAAAAGGAUUGCUGCAGGAGGACGUACUUGAUGGUCAACCGGUUGAGUCUGCUGAUGAAACAAAUGAAGCAGCUCUGAAGAUUGCUCUCCAUAUCUUGAGGACCAUGAAUGAAGAUGAACAGGCUCACUCACUUGAGCAAAGUCAUUAUGGAGAGCUUCCAAUGUACAGAAAGAAACUCAGAUCUUCCCUGAAGAGGAAGAAUGAAUUCAUAAUGGAUGAGAUAAACUCACAGCAGUUGCCUGUCCCUCUUAGACAGAUUUAUACAACGCUCUAUCUGUUAGAGGGGGACAGUGGAGAGGUCAACAAUGAACAUGAAGUGAGACAAAUUGAGAAAGCUUUCAACAAACGGAAGUCUUCAGACACUCCGAUCAAGUGUGAAGACCUCUUCAAGCCCAACCAACAAGACAAACCCAUCAGAACGGUGCUCACCAGGGGGAUAGCAGGCAUUGGUAAAACUGUUUUGGCACAGAAGUUCAUGCUGGACUGGUCAGAGGAGAAGGUCAAUCAAGAAAUCCAGCUUCUGUUUUCACUUCCUUUUAGGGAGCUAAAUUUGAUUAAAAAUGAAAGAAGAAGUUUGAUGGAGCUGCUCUAUGACUUCUCUCCAGGCCUGAAAGAAUCUGGAAUAAAAGACCUGACAAUGUGUAAAGUUCUGUUUCUACUGGAUGGUCUCGAUGAGUGCAGACUCCCUCUGGAUUUCAAAAGAAAUGAGAGGUGCUGUGAUGCUACACAGCCAGCAUCAGUCGAUGUGCUGCUGACAAACCUCAUUGCAGGUAACUUGCUACCAAAAGCGCAUCUCUGGGUAACUACUCGACCUGCUGCAGCCAGCUGUAUCCCUCGAGAGUAUGUAGACCGCGUGACUGAGAUACGAGGCUUUAACAACCUGCAGAAGGAGGAGUACUUCAACAAGAAAAUCGAUGAUGAAAACUUAGCCAGAAGAGUGAUCGCAAACAUAAAGUCGACAAGAAGUCUCUACAUCAUGUGCCACAUGCCAGUGUUUUGCUGGAUUUCGUCUAUUGUCUUGGGAGAAAUUUGCGCCAAAGCAGGCGGAGGAAAAAUGCCAAAGACUUUGACUCAGAUGUACAUCUACUUCCUGGAACAUCAGACCACUCAGAAGCAUGUCAAAUACAGCGAAGAGCAAGAACUGGACUCCCAAGGGAAUAGCAAAUUGAUUAUGUCACUUGGGAAGUUGGCCUUCCAGCAGCUGGAGAAAGGCAACCUGAUCUUCUAUGAGGACGAUCUUAAAGAAUGUGGUAUUGAUGUCAAAACAGCGUCUGUCUACUCAGGAGUGUGCACUCAAGUCUUUAGGGAAGAGUCCUGCAUGCAGCAAAAAGUCUUCUGCUUUGUUCAUCUGUCUGUCCAAGAGUUUCUUGCAGCUUUGUACGUCCAUGUGAUGUACAAGGUCAAUCGUGUAAACCUGAUGAUCAAAGAUGGGAUGGCCCGAGCCAAGUCUGUAUCUCAACUGCACAAAACUGCAGUGGACAGAGCCUUACAAAGUCACAACGGCCACCUGGAUCUCUUCCUGCGUUUCCUCCUCGGACUCUCUUUGGACUCCAGCCAGGUUCUGCUCAAAGGCCUGAAGAUUCAGGUAGAAAUCUGCGACUCCCAAAGUCAUGAGGAAACCAUCAAGUACAUCAAGGAGAAAAUAAGUCAGACACGUCCUCUAGAGAAGUACAUCAAUCUCUUCCACUGUCUCAAUGAGUUAAAUGACCACUCUCUGGUGGAGGAGAUCCAGAGCCACCUGGACUCACACAGAGACUUGGUGAUGGACAAAAGUUCUGCAGCUCAGUGGGCAGCUCUGGUCUUUGUGUUGCUGACCUCACCGGAGAAGCCAGAGGAGAUCCAGCUCAAGAAAUACUCCAGAACAGCAAAAGGCCUUCACAUGCUCCUACCAGCCAUCAAAGCAUGCAGAUCCGCCAUACUGAAUGAUUGCAAUCUCACUGCAGACUGCUUAGAGGUGCUGUCCUCCACACUCAGCUCAAGCUCUAAUGAGCUGAAUCAUUUAGAUUUAAGUGAUAACAACAUACAAGACUCAGGAAUCAAGCACCUCUGCAAGGGACUACAAAGCCCAAACUGCAGACUGAAGACGUUGAGGCUGAACCGAUGCAAUCUCACUCAGAAAUGUUGUAAAACUCUGGCUUCAGUCCUGAGCUGUCCCUCCUCACAUCUUAGGGAGCUGGACUUGAGUGACAAUGACAUUGAAGACUCUGGAGUGCAGCAGCUCUGCAAUGGACUGGCAAAUGUGUGCUGUAAACUGGAAACCCUCAGGUUGUCGUUCUGUAACAUCACAGAGAAAGGUUGUGCUUUUUUGGCCUCGGCAGUGAAGUCCAACCCAUCCCACCUGAGUGAGCUGGAUCUGAGGUUCAAUCACCUUGGAGAGUCAGGAGUGAAGCUCAUCUCUGAAGCUCUGGAGGAAGGAGGAUGUGAAGCUAAACUCAGAGUCGACCACAAUGCAGAACACUGGUAUAAACCAGGACUGAGACAAUAUGCAUGUAAGCUUACAAUGGAUCAUAACACCGCUCACAAACGUCUCAUCCUCUCUGACGAGCCCCCAACAAUUACCCAGGGCAGCGAGAAGCAGCCAUAUCCCGAUCACCCUGACAGGUUUGACUACUGGUCCCAAGUCCUGUUCAACGAGGGCCUGACAGGCCGCUGCUACUGGGAGGUGGAGUGGGAUGGAAAAUGGGCAGCGAUCGGAGUGACCUACAAGGGCAUCAGUCGCAAAGGGCCAGAAAAUGACUGUGUGAUAGGCUACAAUGGCAUAUCUUGGAGUCUGCACUGUUCUUCUAAAGGCUACCAUGUGUAUCAUAACUUCGAGAGCAUCGUCGCUCGUGUCCCUCUGGGUGAUUCCCGUGGACUGGCUGUGUAUCUGGACUGGGAGGCCGGCAUCCUGUCCUUCUACAGAGUUUCUUCUGGAAGGUCGCUGACACACCUGCACACCUUCUUCACCAAAUUCACUGAGCCUCUCUACCCAGUUUUCAGAGUGUGGGUGAAGGGCUCCUCAGUGAGGCUGUGUCAGGUGAAAGAAUAGAAAGAAAAGACUGAAUGAGAGAUACACGCUAUUCACCGAUGAUUGGUCUUCUUCUGAUCAAAGCAAUCAGAGUGAUCAGAUGGAGGUCAUUGAACCUUUUUACCAUUUAUAUUAAACAGUAUUAAGUUCUUUAAAUUCAGAGAAAACAACUGAAAACUAUUUGAACUUUACAUUACUGUCCUCUGUCCAGUGUCGCCGCACCUGAAAUUUUGAAUUAAAAUGGCAAAAAAUACUUUAUCUGGCGAGCAGUAGCUGUGGAGAUUGGUUCUUUAGGUGAGUUUAAAAUGGUGUCCGCACAUGAUUUUAUGUAUUAUGGUAGCUUAUAUGCAUAUACCUAUAUAUAUUUCAGUAUGGAAAAUGUAUUAAAUUAUUAUCAAUGAGGGUUCAACAUGUUUUUGUUUGUUUGUGUUUUAACUUUCCUGGUCGGAAGGAGAAGAAGAUAUACUUUAUUGAUCCCCUAGGGGAACUUGUUCUUUUCAUUAUUUUAUACACACACAUACACGCUGAAAUACACACUUCAUGCACUUGUGGACAUGCAAAGGGGAGAGAGAUGGUGGAGCGAUGGGGCUGCAACGUUAACAGCGCCCCAUGAGCAGGCCUUGCUCAAGGGCACCUCGGCAGUGCACAGGAAGUGAAACUGACACCUUUCCAGCUACCAGUCCACACUCCAUAUUUUGUGGUCUGUGGGACUUGAGCCGACGACCCUCCGGUUCCCAAGCCAAGUCCCUACACACUGAGCUACUAUCGCAUUCUUCACCUUCUUUUAUGAUAAUAAAAGAGUUAUUUUGUAGUUAUUAUCUGAAGUUUGCUCCUCUGACUGUUUAUAAAUUUUCUGGUGCUACCAAAUUAGUAAAAGAAAAAGUAAACUGUACUUUUACGCAAACACAAAAAAAGAGAAAACUUUAGACCCUCAAAUGUCCAGCUGUAAAAUACUGUUGGACAUUUGAGGCCCGAACAAAAUGAUCAGUCAUUUAAUCAACUAGUCAGUCAGCAGGUUUAUGAACAGCAGUUGUGAUAAUCAGAGAUGUUCACAAGUCUUUUUUUGCAAGUCCAAGUCAAGUCUGAAGUCUCUAAAAAAUAAAGUCAUAUGUCUCUUCUGGUUGUAAUGAGCCUUCUGUCAUCUACUAAGAAUACUGCACAGCUAUAUCUAAGAAAUUCAAAGCAUUUACUGUAUUAUUAUCACUCCUUUAUCUAUUAGCAUACAGUAUCAGUACUGAUUAGUUGCAAUGCAAUAUGAAGAAAACACACAAUGAAUGCUUUCCUUUAAAGGAAACUGUAUUCUUCCAACAUGAACAUACAGUUAUAGUAUAUCUUGCCCCCUAUUGUGCAGGCUCAGUGUCACACACACAUACACACACCCUGGCACAUAUUUUCACUUCUGAUUACAUUAUUUAGAUUCUAUUUAAUUACAUUAUUUACAUCAUAUUAGUUUGAUUUUAUUCAUAUUUAUCUUAUUUAUUCUAUUUAUAAGGCCAGUUUAGGAGUAACCAGGAGACAUUUCACUGCAUGUUACUCUGGGACUUCUGUAUGUGACAAAUAAAGUAAUCUUGUAAUCUUGUAAUCUUGUAAAUGUAACAUUAUUAGUCAUGCAAUAAUAACUAAUCAUCCAAUCUCAGUUAUAGUUAGCUAUAUCUGCUGGACACAAAAUUAACACCAUUCAGAUGCUGGUAAAUCAUACAAGUGGCUGGUACUGUAUGCUGCACUCAGCAGCCAGAAUCACAAUGGUAAUCUAUUGAGUGGCUGGUAACAUUUCAACAGUCACUAGUCUAGCCGUUUUGCCAGUGGACAAAAAGUUAAAGGUUUGCACUCUGCAACCGUAUUGUUUAAUUACACUGGGUCUCUAAUGACACAUUCCUCUCUCCUCUCACUCAAACAGUGGAAUGGUAACCUGGUAAACCUGUAACAUUAACGUUACGUGGUCAUUAACCUGUAACCUGCCUGUAAGCCGACAGUAUAACUCUGUAUUUUUCUACGGUUAACGUUACCGGUUUUUUUAAUGUCAGCGCCACUCAAUGCAAACAGAGUUUCCUCAAUAUUAAAACGCCAAAAAAGAAAACAUAAUGAUUGUUCACAAGUCCCAAAACACGAGUCUGAGUCGAGUCUGAAGUCUCUGUGUGUGCCACUUAAGUCACAAACUCGAGUCCCCAUCUCUGCUGAUAAUCAAUUAACUGCUGAGUUUGUUCAACUAGCAGACAUGUCAGAAACUCUGGUUGUAGUUUCUGGAAUUAGUUUCUUUUCAUACGACCUGAAUAACUUUUAGUUUUGGACUCUUGGUCGGAUGAAACGAGACCUUUUUGAACACUGAGACUGUGGGAAACUUUCACUAGUUUCUGGGUGUGCCAGGUCCCUUCAGUCAAAGUCAAACUGUCUAAUUUCAUGGGAACACAGAGAAUUAUGGGAUACUCGUAUAUAAACAAGGGCUGAAAUCUGCACUCAGUGGAGCUGACGCUGUUUUGAGAAUUGAUGUAGUUGCUGUUGUUCUCCAGCAGAGGUCGAUGUAUCUCUUCAUGAGGAAGUAACACUCAGAAGUAAACAAUGAAAAAGGAAAUGACUACAGAGCGAGCAGAGCAACAACAGACAAAGUUUAUCUUACUGACCUGAAGAAUGUGGAUUCACUCUGUGUCGACAAUGACAGACACUCACAUUUAUUUACAGACGUCGAUCAGCAGAAAAUCUGAAUCAGAAUUAAGUUUUUACACAUACAAGGAAUUUGUCUUGGUGCAUAAAUAUAUAGAAAUCACACAAAAUACAGUACUUUCAAAAUAUAAAUAAAUAACGAUAAGAAAACUGUGCAGGAAAUGGGAGUGCACUGAUGUAAUGCAUAUAUACAGGGUGGGUAUUAGGAGUCAGUGUCAGUGGGUGUUAUUGAGACCAGCUGCAGACAGAAAGAAACUGUUGUGGUGUGAGAUUUUGGUCCUUACAGCCUCCUGCUGCUCAUGCUUUUUUCAGUUUUUUAUUUAUUUUGUAUCAAACUGAAUCUCUUCAGGCGCUCAUCACAUGAAGAUCUGAAGAAGAAUGAAGUCUCUGCUGGAGGAAAAUCUCCUUUUUCAUUAGUUUCAUAUCCGUUUGUUUUCAUACAAAACAGUUUUAUACAUGAUUAUGUUUUUUAUUAAUGUGUGUAUAGAUUUUCAUAUUAACUCAACAGUGUUCAUCUUCAGCCUUUCUACGUUCUCUGACAGCGUUAACGUUCAGAAAGUGAACAGCAAAAUAAAACCGUCAGGGAAUUUAUGACCGUUGCUUUUGACUCGCAGGACUUCACGUUUUUAUUUCUUAAGGUUUGUACAUAUGUUUCUAAUCAGGUCAAAGUAUUUUUGAUUAACACUUUUAUUUUUCUGGAGUUUUGUUUGUUUUCUUUGUUUUUCUCUGUCAGACGUUCAUUUACAAUUUAACUGUGCUGAGUAAUUAACUUGAUUAAAAUGUUACCUCUUUUCAACAAAA